CUCAACUCCUCUCACCAGCUCAACCCCACUCAGCCCACACACCACCAUGACCGGCUCCUGCUGCGGCCCCAUCGUCUCCUCCCUGAGCUGUGGCGGAGGCUGCCUCCAGCCCUGUUUCUACCGCGACCCCUGCUGCUGCCGCCCCGUGUCCUGCCAGACCACCGUGAGCCGGCCCGUGACCUGCGUGCCCCGCUGCACGCGCCCCAUCUGCGAGCCCUGCCGCCGCCCAGUCUGCUGCGACCCCUGCAGCCUGCAGGAGGGCUGCUGCCGGCCCAUCACCUGCUGCCCCUCGUCCUGCCAGGCCGUGGUGUGCCGCCCCUGCUGCUGGGCCACCACGAGCUGCCAGCCCAUCUCUGUGCAGUCCCCGUGCUGCCGGCCCACCUGCUGCCGGCCCGCCCCCUGCCGCACCACCUGCCGCACCUGCAGGACCUCCCCCUGCUGUCUUAAGUCUUGCAGCAUGAAGUGGCCAAAGUCUAUAAAAGGCCUGAGUGGAACAAGCAGACCUAACUCAGAAACUUCUCCAAGCAUCCCAGCUCUCAGCCUAACCCCUGACACCAUGGCUUGCUGUUCUACUAGCUUCUGUGGAUUUCCCAUCUGUUCCACUGCUGGGACCUGUGGCUCCAGCUGCUGCCAAUCAACCUGCAGUCAGACCAGCUGCUGCCAGCCAACCUCCAUCCAGACCAGCUGCUGCCAGCCAACCUGCCUCCAGACCAGUGGCUGUGGGACCGGCUAUGGCAUUGGUGGCAGCAUUGGCUAUGGCAUUGGUGGCAGCAUUGGCUAUGGCCAGGUGGGCAGCAGUGGAGCUGUGAGCAGCCGCACCAGAUGGUGCCGCCCUGACUGCCGCGUGGAGGGCACCAGCCUGCCUCCCUGCUGUGUGGUGAGCUGCACAUCCCCAUCCUGCUGCCAGCUGCACUAUGCCCAGGCCUCCUGCUGCCGCCCAUCCUACUGUGGGCAGUCCUGCUGCCGCCCAGCCUGCUGCUGCCAGCCCACCUGCACUGAGCCCAUCUGUGAGCCCACCUGCUGCCAACCCAUCUGUUAAAAACCUUCUGAUGGAAAUCCUAAGACCAUGGCACUUCAAAAUUAGCCAAUUAGAGUCCCAACAAACUUCUAAGCACCAGUAUCCAUAACCCAGCCUACCACCUCAUGUCACAAGGGCUACAUAAUUUCCCUAAUGUGGAAAUUGAUUUAUAAUAAAAAACCAAAAAUAUUUCAUAGCUCUGUAUAUCAACAGAAGUCCUACAGUGUGAAAAGAAAUGUGUAAUACUUUACUAUAAACAUCUUCUGAAAUGUUUCAACAACUCA